AUUCGCGUCUCUAUUUUCACUUUCAGCAAGAAAAAUUGAUCUAUGGUCUAUCAUCAUUCAUAGCUUCUCGCAUGCCUUCAAAGGGAAGCUAUUUAAAUGGUUACAUUGGAUAAAUGGCUCUAGGUGGCCUAUUCAUUUUACAAAUUUUACUUUCCAAAUGCGGAAUAUGUUGACAACGAAGCCCCGCUCAGUUUGACCCUUGAUAACAAUUGUAUUAACUUUUUCUUUUUCUUCCCUUAUUUACUGUAGUAUGAGUACAAUAAAGAUUGGAUCCUUAUUAGUAAGGACAUUGGCAAAACCAGUUGCAAACUCCAUCAAGAUGCAAGCCAAGAAUCACCCAAAAUUUAGAGAAUUUUGUAUUAAUGUUGCUCAAACUUCACAUAAAUUAGAAAUGACAUUAAAGAUGAAAUUCCUAGGAUAUAAAACUGAAAAGAUUAGACCACUAAAUGAUGCCAGAGCUAUAGAGAGUGGCGCUAAUUUUUUGAGCGAGGCCUUCAUUUUCUCCGUAGCAGCAUCUGUCAUUGUUGCGGAAAGCUGGAGGUCACAUACAACAGCAAAAAAUCGUAGAAAUCAUGUCGACGAUGCGCUCGAAAAUCUUGAAAACAAAACUCAAACACUGACAGAACUUCUAGAAGAGACGAGGCAUUUAUAUAAAGCGAAUGAGGAAAGGUUAAGGCAAAUAGAAGAAGACAACAUACAGCUAAGAAAACUUUUAGACGAGAUAUUGUCAGUUAGUAUGGGGCUUAGACGUCAUACAGAAUACCAAGAACAGCCUAAUGUUAUUACACUUCCUGGCAUUUCCAAUAACUAAUAUGGAGCAUCUAAAUGGACAGUCAAGUUAACAAACUAUAUAUAUUUCAAAACUUAUGUUGUUGCCAUAAUACACCCUAUUCAGCAUUUUUUAAUGGAAAGUAAUGGAUAACAAGAAAAAUAAACUUUAUUG